AUGAAUGAUCCAAGUACUAGCCAAAUGCAGAAUGUAUUGAAGGAUAGGAUUAAAGACUUAAAAAACGAAACUUCUGACCUUAUGAAAGAAAUUGUAGGAUAUAUCGAUGACGGAAAUAUGAACGAAUGUUUAAGAAACUUAGGAAAUUUAGAGGAUACGCUAAAGAAUACUUAUGAGUUAGUGGACAGACUCUCUGACCGUAUAGAUGAGUUAGAGCGGAAUGUGAAUGAGCUAAAACAGGAAUUAAACAAGUUGAAGGAUCAAGUAAAAUAUGUGAAAUUUUUUGCUGAUUAUCGAGAUUGGGCAAAAAUAUUUAUGCAAUUGUUAAUAGAAAAGCUAGGAGGAACAGAUAACUGGCAUAAGGCGGAAACUGGUCUUCAUUAUCGCAAUCGUAACGAGCCAAUGACAGAGAAGGAAUCUGAAUGUGUCGAACGAUUAACGAACUUAUUAAAAGAAGAUACAGAUAUUGGAUUGGGUUUCACUGAUAUAAAGUUAUUAUUAGAAGUGAGAGAUACUAGUAAUAUUAUGUUUCAUAAGAACAAUCAAACUUCGAGAGAAGCUGAAAUGAAACUUUAUGCUGAAACACUUCCUGAUAACUUAAAGAUAUAUAAACCACCAUUGAAGAAGGCCUUUAAGACAAUUAGUAGAUGGCGCUCAUCUUAA